AUGAUGAAAAUUGCAGAGGUUAAGAAUGAUGUUAUGGGUCAGUUCCAUGAUGCUUUGUACCUUGGUGAUAUCCGGGAGCGUAUUAAGAUUCUGGAGAAUGCUGGUCAUCUGCCGCUUGCAUACAUCACAUCCACUGUACACGGUCUUCAUGAUGUUGCUGAACAUCUUGCUGCUGAGUUGGGAGAUAAUGUUCCUUCUUUGCCCAAGGGGAAGUCAGCUUCUCUUUUGAUGCCACCAAGUCCCAUCUCGUGUGGUGGAGAUUGGCCCCUAUUGAUGGUCAUGAAAGGGAUCUUUGAGGGUGGUCUUGAUAAUACGGGAAAGGGUGGACAUGAAGAAUAUGAAGAAGCUGCAGACGCUGACUGGGGUGAUGAAGUGCAUGAAGAAAACGAUGAGGGUGGAUGGGAACUUGAGGAUCUUGAACUUCCGCCCGAUGCUAAUACGCCAAAGAUUAACACCCAUGGACUUUCUUCAGUAUUUACUGCCCCAACACCAGGUAUGCCAACAAGCCAGAUUUGGGUCCAAAAAUCAUCUCUCGCUGCUGAACAUGCAGCAGCUGGAAAUUUUGACACUGCAAUGCGUUUGCUGAACCGGCAGCUAGGAAUAAGGAACUUUACACCGUUGAAACAGUUAUUUAUUGAUCUUCACAUGGGCAGCAAUACCUACUUACGUGCCAUUUGCUCCGCUCCAGUAGUAUCCAUGGCGAUUGAAAGGGGAUGGAGUGAGUCAUCAAGUCCUAAUGUGCGUUGGCUGCCUACACUGGUGUUCAAUUUCUCCCAGUUGGAAGAGAAGCUCAAGGCUGGGUACAAGGCCACAACUGGUGGGAAAUUUACUGAAGCUUUGCAACUUUUUCUAUCGAUUCUGCACACAAUACCUCUUAUUGUGGUUGAGGCACGUAGAGAGGUGGAUGAAGUCAAGGAACUGAUUGUCAUUGUAAAGGAGUAUGUUUUAGGUUUGCAGAUGGAACUUAAGAGAAGGGAGUUGAGGGACAAUCCCGUUCGUCAGCAGGAGCUGGCAGCCUACUUCACCCACUGUAACCUUCAGCUGCCUCAUUUGAGACUUGCUCUGUUGAAUGCUAUGACUGUUUGCUACAAGGCAGGUAAUCUCAAACUAGCGGGUAACUUUGCUAGGCGAAUCUUGGAGACAAAUCCAAGCGCUGAAAACGAAGCUAGAACCGCCCGCCAAGUUCGGCAGGCUGCCGAGAGGAACAUGAGAGAUGUUAACCAACUGAAUUAUGACUUCAGAAAUCCUUUUGUGGUGUGUGGGGCGACAUACAUUCCUAUAUACCGAGGACAGAAGGAUGUCACAUGCCCUUACUGCAGUUCACAUUUUGUUCCCUCGCAGGAAGGGCAGCUUUGUCCUGUGUGUGAUCUUGCAGUGGUUGGAUCUGAUGCGUCUGGAUUAUUAUGUUCUCCUUCCCAGAUCGGAUGAUCUGAAAUUCGUCCCAUGGAUAGGUCAAGCUGGUUCAUUAAUCUAACAAAAAGGUGGGAGUAUUAGACUGCGAGGUGUGUUUUUAAUCAGAUUGU